AUGGAUCAACAAUACGUCUCCAAUUUGGAGCAAUUACUCGCAGCUAUCACGCAGCCCAACUCUGCGUCUCUGAAAGAGGCCACCAAAGUCUUGCAGUCGCAGUUUUACAACCAACCUGCCUGUUUGCCAGCGCUUCUGCACAUCUUGCAGAACAGCUCCGAUAACGGUAUCAAACAAUUGGCAGGUGUUGAAGCCAGAAAGCAAGUUCCACAACACUGGGGUCAGCUAGAUGCCGGCGUGCAGACUGAGAUCAAGAGCUCUAUUCUCAUCUCGGCCUUCAGUGAGCCCAGUCAAGUGGUGCGUCAUUCUAGCGCUAGAGUGAUUGCGGCCAUUGGUAGCGAAGAUCUUGGCGAGAAGAAAUGGCCAGAUCUCGUUCCUAGUCUGGUUCAAUCGGCCUCUGGCUCGGACCCCAAGGCCAGUGAAACCGCUCUUUUCGUGCUUCUGUCUUUAUUGGACAACAUGGAACCAGAGCUCACGUUGUACAUUGGCGAUUUCUUGACGUUGUUCGGAGUUACAAUCAAUGAGCCAAACACGCUCGAGGCCAGAUCUUUGUCCGCGCAAGCCCUAAACCAGGUUUCGAGCUUGAUCGAAGACGAAGGCGAGAUCAAUCCUGAGUACGCCGCGAGGUUCGCCGCGCUUAUCCCAUCUGUCGUUAGAGUCUUGGAGGAAACCAUCAAGUCUGACGACGCUGUCAACACCAAGUUGGUGUUCAACUGCUUGAACGAUUUCCUUUUACUUGACUCUCAACUUACAGGAGGCAGCGUUGUGGACUUGAUUUCUCUUUCUUUGCAGAUCGCGGGCAAUUCCAACAUCGAUGAAGAGGUGCGUGUUUACGCCAUUCAGUUCGCGACUUCUGCGCUUUCUUUCAGAAAAUCAAAGGUCAUUCAAGCCAAAUUGGGCCCACAAAUGACAAUGACUGCUUUGAAGGUGGCAUCAGAAGAGAUAGAUGUUGAAGAUGAGCUGAACAACGAAGAUGAAGCUGGCGAAAAUGAAGAAAAUACUCCAUCUCUGACUGCGAUUAGACUUUUGGCUUUUGCCUCGUCGGAGUUGCCACCAUCUCAAGUUGCCGUGCCAAUAAUAGAAAGCCUGCCAUCUAUGCUAAGCUCUUCUAAUCCAUUCGAAAGGAGGGCCAUUCUUUUGGCCAUUUCCGUUGCGGUGACAGGUUGUCCUGAUUAUAUUCUUUCUCAAUUGGACAAGAUUAUUCCUGGUACUAUUGUGGGCUUGAAGGACUCAGAAGCUGUGGUUCAACUCGCCGCCUUGAAAUGUAUUUCUCAAUUGACAACCGAUUUGCAAGACGAAGUCGCCAAGUUUCACGAAGACUAUUUACCACUUAUCAUGGGCAUUAUCGACUCUGCCAAAAGUGUCGUUAUUUACAAGUACGCUACCGUGGCUUUGGAUGGUCUUUUGGAGUUCACAGCCUUCGAGGCGAUCUCUAAAUACUUAGAGCCCUUGAUGAACAAACUUUUCCACAUGUUGGAAACUAACACGUCUUCAAAGCUCAGAGCUGCUAUCGUUUCUGCAAUUGGUUCUGCUGCUUUCGCUGCAGGGUCCGCAUUUGUACCAUACUUCAAGACUUCCGUUCAAUACUUGCAACAGUUCAUUGCCAACUCUGGUCAAAUUGAGGGUUUGUCUGAUGACGACAUUGAGUUGAGGGCCUUGACUUUCGAGAACAUCUCAACUAUGGGUAGAGCUGUCAGAUCUGAAGCCUUUCACGAGUUCGCCGAACCACUGUUGAACUCUGCAUAUGAAGCUAUCAAGACCGACUGUGCCAGGCUAAGAGAGUCUGGAUAUGCGUUCAUUGCUAACAUGGCCAAAGUGUAUGGCAAGGAUUUCGCUCCAUUUUUGACUACCAUAUUGCCUGAAAUUUUCAAGACUUUGGAACAAAAAGAGUACCAAUUCAACUUUGACGGUGAGGCUGAGGAGCUAGAGAACCUUGAAGAGGAUGAGCUACAACAGAAAUUCAGUGUUAACACUGGUGUUUCUUACGAGAAGGAGGUCGCUGCUGCUGCUCUAUCUGAGUUGGCCAUUGCUACAAAGGACAGCUUUUUGGAGUACGUUGAACAGUCUUUAAAGGUUUUGAACGAGCAAGUCGAAGAAUCAUAUGGUUUGAGAGAAACCGCCUUGCAUACCAUUUGGAACAUUGCAAAAGCCGUUGUGCUGACCGCCAAUGUGGAAGAAGACAAAUAUCCCAUCGGCGUUCCUUCCAGCUCAUAUGUUGACAGCAUGGUUCUUGCAGUGGUGCAGAAUGCCAGAAUCACAUCGUUGGAAAACCUUUCUGAGGAGUUUGAAACCUCGAUGGUCAUUACUGUUAUGGAAGAUUUUGCUGAAAUGAUUAAGAAGUUUGGCCCAAUUGUGGUUAUGGACAAUGGCGAUUCGUCCUCAUUAGAAAGACUUUGUGUCGAAGUUAUGAACGUCCUUAAGGGUACUCACGCAUGUCAAACCAUCGAUUACGAGGAAGACAUUCCAAAGGACGAAGAUGGAGACGCUUCCGAAACAGAAGCUGCUCUUCUAGACUGUGCCCUCGAAGUCUUGGUAAGCUUGUCUUACGCUCUUGGUGCCGAUUUUGCCAAAAUUUUUGACAACUUCAAACCAGUGGUUUUGAGUUUAUUCCAAUCCAAAUCCAAAAACAAGAGAUCGGCUGCCGUUGGCGCCAUUUCCGAAAUUUCGGAAGGUUUAAAAGAGGCAAAUCCAUUUGUUCAAGAUAUGCUCGAAGCUUUGAUCGUGAGAUUGACCACCGACAAAUCUUUGGAAGUUAGGGGAAAUGCUGCCUAUGGUGUAGGUCUGCUUUGUCAGUACACUACCAUGGAUGUUUCUGCCAUGUAUGAACCUGUCUUGAGAGCCAUGUAUGAGCUUUUGAGCACCGCCGAUCAAAAGGCUUUGACCGCUGAAGACGACGAAGCCACCAGAGAGAUCGUGGACCGAGCUUUCGCGAACGCCACUGGCUGUGUUGCGAGAAUGACGUUGAAAAACGAAACUUUGGUACCAUUGGAACACACUCUCCCAGCGCUCUUAAAUCAUCUACCUUUAAACACCGGUUUCGAAGAAUACGAUCCGAUUUUCAAGCUCAUCAUGAGGCUUUAUGAAUCCAACAAUAAUCUCAUAGUCAAUGAAACACCAAGAGUCGUCGAAUUUCUCGCUAACGUUUUCGCCAAAGAAGACGAGAGAAUUAAACUCGAAAGAGAAUCUACUCUUGGAAGAGAGGAAAACCUAGACAGAAUGAAACAAUUUCAAUCCAAGGAACUCCAACAAAGGGUCAUUGAAUUACUCAAGUACUUGAACACUACUUUCAACGGAGUAGUGGCUCAAAACGAAAUGUUGGCCAAGGUUAUUGCCUAA